GGUUUGCGCUGUUUUAUUCUUAUUCAAAAUUUUCAAAUACAAGCAGACUCUGUUCCGUUCCCCUUUCGACGGGAUGUGGCUAGGUAGAUAUCGUCAACAACAAGCGGUACAGUGCGUCGUUUGACACGGUGCAGGACCCUGCAGUGGCUGCUGCUGCCUGGUGAUCUGGCAUCAUGGAACACAAGGCGGACAUUGAAAACGUUCAACAGGUUGUCGAGACAUCUGCAAGUCAAACGUCAAUUGUCAGUAGUGGAUCAUUUUCAAAAGAGCCGGAACCGCACUUUGCAACCAUCACCCUUGAGAGGAAGAGUAGUGCUUUAUCGGGCUGGUGGUUUAAAAACCGCCGCUCAACACAGACAUGCAGAUACACACUGCUUCAGGACCGGCCUCAACUACUCAACAACGUCAAAAUCGGUAUCGGGUUUCUCGAAUUCGCCAAUGCCUUGGAUUUUGCAGCGAACGUUUGGAACGAGUCACCCUUGCCUAGGUUUGUUGUUGCACUUAUGGCCGCCGGCGGAUCGCUUACGCUUCUGAUUUGCAUUUUUGCUUGGCUCGAUCUCAGGCUUAGCUGGAAGAACACACGCAUUCUACGAGACGAAAGGAAAUACCUGCACAAGCUCCGUGCUCUCAACGAUAACGAAGAACAUGUUACGCGUGAUAUUGACCGACUACUCGGGAUCAACUUCCGAGAAUUGACAUCUGAAGUCGUUGAUAGAGUGCUUAUGGAUGUGUUUCUCGGAUUCGGCGGUAUACUCGUGGGAGUCGGGACUUUGAUUGCUAUUCCUGGUGCUGGUGAUGACCGAAUAUACCUCGCGUCGAACCUUUUAUCCGGAUACAUUGGAAAUGCCUUCCCACUGAUAUGGGGUGUCCUUAAUUUCAGUACCUCACUGUACAUAUGGCUGCGGUUUCAUCGACAAGCGAAGUUUGCCAAAAAGUUUGGCAAUUCAGAGCCUUUCCAGAAGGAUGUAAUCUUACGAUGUCGUCAAUUCCAAAGACAUUCGUCGGUGACUGCAGUGAAUUCGUUGAUUGCCGGCGUAGCUGGGAUGAUUACUUUCAAAUACUGGUGGGCAUAUGUGAUUCUGAUUCCUUGCAUCAUUACUUCUUUGGUCACCAACCUUUAUUACCGGGCGAAGAUUGGAUAUGACCGAAACCUAACCACGAAUUCUCCGGACCUUGCCGCACCACCAACUCUGAGCCUGGAGCUCACAGGUGUGCAGGCAUUUUGUUUGAGUUUACGAAAGCAUACUUUGCCCACAGAGAUCGUUGGGCUAGGGAAUACCGAAAAAGGUGACCCCGCUGUCUUGUUGACGAUCCUUCAGUCUAAUCGUCUACUUCCGAUCUUUUGCGGGUGGUUAUUCAAUCACGCCGAGGAUAUUGGCCGGCAUAUAUUUGAUUCGACGGAUCAUUCAAACCGAGUUGUGAUCACAGGGCAAAGGUUUGCCAAUGGACAAGUUGACUGGGGCCGACUUUAUAACCUUUUCACAACAUUUCUCAUGGAGGCUGGACCUAGACAUUUUGAAUGUCGACGAAGAUACUUGUUAGAGUUGAUGGCGUAUGAUUUUGAGCAUUAUAUAGCCCCGAGGCAUAGAGCGCAGCAGACGCUGUGACGUAGAGACGGAGCUACCUAUAGAUCAGAUGUACUUAUAAUAAUCAUUUAUUUGCAUGUUUCCAGG